GGGGAUGGGGAUGUGAGCGGGGCCCGCGUGUGGGCGGGCGGCCGGCGGGAUGGUGCGCAGCCCGGAGACGACCGUCCUCUUCCACCCGGGCCGAGCAGUCGUCGUUGCGGCCGGGGACCGCUGCGGGACGGUGGCGGAGGGGAAAUGUACCUUUGACAACAAGAACAAGUAACUGGAAGUACAAGAUUAAUUAUUUCAUAUAUUAGAAUUAAGUUUUGAUCAGAAAAGUAAUAAGGUGCUAUCAGUAGCUUUGUCUUCUGUAUAAAAAUAAAAAUGAGUGAAGUUCAAGCAAUGGUAGAAUUCUCCGUGGAGCUCCACAAGUUCUACAAUGUGGAUUUGUUUCAAAGAGGAUUUUACCAGAUUCGUGCAUCUAUGAAAGUUCCUCCAAGAAUUCCUCACAGAUUAGAAGCUAGUUUAUUACGGGCAACAGGUUUGGAUCUAGCCUUUCCAGCUUCAGUUCAUGAUACUGUAAUUUGCAGCAAGACAUUUCAAAUUCUUUAUAAAAAUGAGGAAAUUGUUGUUAAUGAUGUUAUGAUCUUCAAGAUUAAAAUGCUAUUGGAUGAAAAAAAGAUCGAAGAGUCUCUUAAUGACAUGAAUUUCCUACUGUCUUUAGAUCUACACUUCACGGACACGGAUUAUUCGACGGAUGACCUGAGCUCUUUGCAAUUAAUAAGUAGCCGAACUUUGAAGCUGCACUUUAGCCUCCAUCGAGGCCUUCAUCAUCAUGUAAAUGUUAUGUUUGAUUACUUCCACCUCUCUGUUGUGUCUGUCACAGUCCACGCAUCAUUGGUUGCACUACACCAGCCACUAAUAAGCUUUCCUCGCCCAGUCAAGAACACUUGGUUAAAUAGGAAUGCUCCAGUACAAAACAAGGACUCUGUGAUUCCGUCUCUUGAAAGCGUGGUCUUUGGUAAUAACUACACAAAACAGUUAUCGUCAGACGGUUGCAGUUUCAUGGUUGCGGAAUCCUUCUUACAUCAUGCCUACAGCUUCCAUUACACACUCUGUGCCAGUUUAUUGCUCGCAUUCAAGGGAUUGCACAGCUAUUUUAUUAUGGUCACCAAGGAGCUUCCCUCCUGUCAAAGGAUAGAAUUGGCCAAGGCCAGCAUGCACGUCCUUUAUGAACGCCUUCUCAGAAGAAAAUAUCCAAGAACCCAGAGGGACACCAAUCUAGAAAAAAUAGAUGUAGAAGCUCGCCUUGCUGAACUGUGUGAAGAAGUAAAGAAAAUGGAGAAUCCUGAUGAACUGGCAGAACUUAUAAAUAUGAAUCUUGCACAGCUUUGCUCACUUCUUAUGGCUCUGUGGGGGCAGUUUCUGGAAGUUAUUACUUUGCAAGAUGAAAUCACAUCGUUAUUAGCCCAAGAGCAUCAUACAUUGAGGGUGCGUAGAUUUUCAGAAGCAUUCUUUUGUCUUGAGCAUCCACGACAAGCUGCCCUGGCAUAUCAAGAACUCCAUGCUCAGAGCCACCUACAGAUGUGCACAGCUAUCAAAAAUACUUCUUUCUGCAGUUCUCUUCCACCUCUACCUAUUGAAUGUAGUGAACUAGAUGGAGACCUCAACUCAUUACCUAUAAUCUUUGAAGAUAGGUAUUUAGAUUCCAUCACUGAAGACUUAGAUGCACCCUGGAUGGGAGUUCAGAAUCUUCAGAGAUCAGAGUCCAAUAGAAUGGAUAAAUAUGAGACUGAAGAAAGCUCUGUUGCUGGAUUUUCUAGCCCAGAGUUGAAAAACAGACCUGCUGGUGCCGCCAAUAUUUGGUAUACAGAAGGUGAAAAGCAGCUAACAAAGUCUCUAAAAGGAAAAUAUGAAGAUUCAAAUAAAUCCAAGGUUAAGGUUACUAAGCUCAUGAGAACAAUGAAAACCGAAAACACCAAAAAAGUAAUAAAACAAAACUCUAAAGACUCGGUGGUUUUGGUAGGCUACAAAUGUUUGAAAACCACAGCAUCAGAGGACAUCUCUAAAUGCUUUGAAGGCAAACCUUCUCAUAGCCAGAAGGAAGGUCUGGAUCCCACAAUAAGUGGACUUAAUUUUGACUCAAAGACCUGCACCAGACAGACAAGUCAAAAAGAACUUAGAUAUUUGCCAGCUAACACAGACAGAACUGAACUAAAGCCUGCAAAAAUUGAAAAUGUGCAGCAAACCCAAUUUGCCCCUUUGAGCUCUGGCAGCCUAAAUCUUUGUGCAAAUUUGUCCAUUUCAGGUAAACUUGAUAUCACCCAGGAUGCUAAUGAAAUUACACAAGUGGAUCUCAGCGUGGGCUCAGGACGUGCGUCAGAUGAUUGCUGUGUUCAUCAAGCAACUCCACCGCCUGGAGUUAGAACAAUUGAAGUCAAGCCAAGUAGUAAUGAUCAUUUUAAGGGAGAGAAAGUGACUGUAACUAUUGGGCGUUGGACAGAGUCUCGUCAAGAAGAAAUAUUGAGGGACAGUGCACAGUUGCCUGGUUUCCAGCCUUUAGAACCUAGUGGUAAAUCUAAGUCUUCAGAACAGGAAUUAUUUUUCGAAAGGGAAACUGUACAAGAAACAACUUUCCGCUGUACUGGAGAGUCCUUAACUAAGUUAAAAAGUAGUCAGUCUGCUCUUUCUGCGAAAGAAUAUCAUGUUAUUGUAAGUGGGGAUGUGGUUAGGUUACCAGAUGUUAACGUCACAUAUGCCUCAUCUAGAUUUUCCGAUUCAGGUGUAGAAAGUGAACCGAGUUCUUUUGCAACACACCCAAACCCCGAUGCGGUGUCUGAGCCUGUACAAGGGCAGAGUGCUUGCAGUAAUGAAAGGACACUUCCUCAGCUUCUCCUGAAACCAGAUUACAAUAUCAAAAUUUCAGUAGAAAGCCAUUGUACUGAGAGCACUAGUGCUUUGAGCGAAAUACAGUCAUCCUUGACAUCCAUAAACUCUCUGCCUUCAGAUGAUGAUGAACUGUCACCUGAUGAAAAUUCUAAGCUAUCUAUUGUACCAGAAUGCCAUCUAAGUGAUAGCAAAACUGUAUUUGAUGUAGGAAUUAUUGAUAUGUCAAAAUAUGACAGUAAAAGGUCAAGUAUUAUUUUGCAACAGCAGAGUACUGCAUUUUUAGGUAAUUCUGUUCAUGAGACCGUAUCUGUAUAUUCCUCACUUUCAAGUAUAAAAGACCCAUUACUAUUUGAUGUUUCAGAUGACAGUAGGCCCGGUGAUGUAAAAAGCAGUUACAGCUCACAGGCAAAAUCUGACUCUGUCUGUAAGCGCUCCCAGAGUCCUGAUAAAGAUCAAAAUUUGAUGGAGGAGACAAGUCAAUUAAAUUCAGAGCUGAUGUAUUUGCUAGAGCCGUGUGCCGUUUCAGGUUCAGUUUCUACUAAUGCAGAGGGGAAAGAAGAUAGAACUGACCAAGAAACACUUGUAAGUCUCUUAGACCUCAAUCAAGCAAUUCUGGAACUACCAAUGAUGAAAGGUGAAAUUCAUACAGGCACAAAUGACCUAUCAUCAGCCAGUAGUACCGACAUGGUAAAACAAGGGUUUGUGGAAAAUUAUUUUGGUUCUCGAAGCAGUACGGAUAUUUCUGAUACGUGUCCUACUGACCAGAGCAAUCCAAUUAGCCCACAGAAAGAAACUUCUGAAAAGGAGAUAGUUAAUCCUCAGGAGGAGGAGGAAGAAGAGGAACAGGAUCAAGAAAUGGUUCAAAAUGGUUAUUAUGAAGAAACAGAUGAUACGGUUUUGGAUGGAGCCACAAACACUAAUUAUGAGGACAGCCUGGGGCUCACAGAAGAGAAACUUCUCCGGUCUGAAAGGAUAAAUAGUGAAUAUCUAAGGGAUGGAGCAAAUAUGCCUGCCGUCUGUGCUCCGGGUUGUUUGUCUUUCCCGGCAGCACUGAGGGAGUCUCCUGGCAGUAUUACGUAUCCUUCAAAAAGCAAAUUUGAUGCAAUUACAAAGCAACCAAGCAGUAUAUCGUACAGCUCCACUUCAUCGCUUUCCUGGUAUGAAAAUUCACCCAAAUCUCAAAUGCAAGCUUUCCUUCAGGCAAAGGAGGAAUUGAAGCAACUUAAGCUCCCUGGAUUUAUGUACAGCGAUGUUCUUAAACUGGCUUCCACAGUACCUUAUUUCAGCAUGGAAGAAGAUGAUGGUUUGGAAGAUGGUAUUCAUCUCAUCGUUUGUGUCCACGGCUUAGAUGGAAACAGUGCAGAUCUUCGAUUAGUAAAGACUUACAUUGAACUUGGAUUGCCUGGGGGUCGAAUAGAUUUUCUUAUGUCUGAGAGAAAUCAGAAUGAUACCUUUGCUGAUUUUGAUUCCAUGACUGAUCGUCUUCUUGAUGAGAUCAUACAAUAUAUUCAGAUUUACAGCCUAACAAUUUCAAAAAUCAGCUUUAUUGGACAUUCGCUGGGCAAUUUGAUAAUCCGUUCAGUGCUUACAAGGCCCAGGUUUAAAUAUUACCUCAGCAAACUUCACACCUUUUUGUCUCUUUCUGGACCACACCUUGGUACCCUCUACAAUAGCAGUGCACUCGUUAAUACAGGUCUCUGGUUUAUGCAGAAGUGGAAAAAAUCAGGUUCUUUAUUGCAACUGACGUGUCGAGAUCAUUCAGACCCCCGUCAGACCUUCUUGUAUAAACUCAGUAAAAAAGCAGGUCUUCAGUACUUUAAAAAUGUAGUAUUAGUAGGGUCCCUGCAGGAUCGUUAUGUUCCCUAUCACUCUGCACGCAUUGAGAUGUGUAAAACAGCUUUAAAGGACAAGCAAUCAGGACCAAUUUAUGCCGAAAUGAUCCAGAACCUGCUUCUACCAGUUUUGCAAAACAAGGACUGUAAUUUGGUUCGUUACAACGUCAUCAAUGCCUUGCCUAAUACAGCUGAUUCGCUCAUUGGAAGAGCUGCUCAUAUUGCAGUUCUUGAUUCUGAAAUAUUUUUAGAAAAGUUCUUUCUGGUUGCUGCCCUAAAAUACUUCCAAUAGGAGAGGAGCAUUAUGAGAGCCUUGGCAAUUACCUCAUUCACUGAUGAAUCAAAAAUGUGUGAUAUUAAAGUGUAGCUGCCGUCGAAUUGAAAAAAAUUUAUACUUUUUAUAUGGAAGAUAAUUUAUAUCAUCCAUGACUAGAGCUUUUUUAACAUCGACUUUUAUUUUCUAGGUAAUGUGGCUGUGCAAUAUUUUUUUAAUUUUAUUCUUACUUUUCUAUUGCUUUUUCUUAUAUUUUUGGUACCUGAUUGUUUCAGAGUGGAAAUUUAAGCAUAGUGUGUACAUUAACGGUUUUAUUUUUGGCUUUCCAUCAUCAGAAGCCCAAGUCUGUGGCUACAUUUUAUUAGAAGCUUUUAAUGCCAAAAUAAUGUGGGAUUUAAAAAUUCUAACUAAGGUUUUCAGCAGUCAGUUAUGUUGAAUUUCUUAGCAUUAGAGACUCUUUUAACUGGAAAUGUAUUUAUGGCUGCUAAAAUAUCAUACAUUUUGAGAACAAGAUUCUGUAGGUCUGGGAUAGACCAUUAUUCUAUGAACAAACGACAUAGGUUCACAAAUCUCUAUGUCCUAACGGUUUUCUACAAAAGUGCUGUCAUCAUUAUUAUUAAAUACGUCACGCCUGUGGAAAUAUAUUUUCUACUGAUGAUCUCUUAUUUCUUUACCAUAGUCACUUUCAUUACUGGAGCUUUUCAUUUUCAGAAGUUAGCAGCAUAUAAGGCUUUUUGAAUGUCUGAAAGACGGCUGCCUUCAAAUAGUUGGAACUUUGGGGGAAAAAAAAGACUGUGUUGCUCAUACUCUCUGAAUACAUUUCUUUAACCAUUUUCACGGACUUCCUUGUAUGUGCAUACAAUAAUGUUAUAAAUUUCUGCAAUACUUUUAUGAAUUUAGAUAAUUUUUAAAUAUUGUUAAAAUAUUUUAUUGAACUACAAAAUACUGUAAAUAAGAACGCAUCUUGAAAUGGAACAAAAUGAUUAACUUUACAUGUUUGGUGAUACAGAUUCAAAUGUUUUUGAUAUAUGGAAUUGUUAAAAGUCUCCUGACUUUUUACUGGUGCUGAAUAGCAUAAAGUUUAAUAUGUUCCUCUCAUCGCCUUUUACUUGUUCGAACAAUAAUGCACUAAUGGUGGAUAGGAGAUUCUGUGUGCAUUCACUAAUUGUGAUGGACAAAAUUAUUUUGAAAAAUAUGCAUUUGUUGUAUAAUUAUUGCAUGUCUAUUUUUAGCAUUGUGUUAUUGCAUCUGGUGUUAAUAAAAUGGAAAAAAAUGAUUCUAACUGGA